AUGGCUUCAGCGCCGGCCAAAGCGCCGCCGCCGCGCACGGGCGUCACCUUCGCCGCCGAACUGACCUUUGAGGGCAUACACCUGCAUUACGGGCCGGUGCACACGCUCAAGGGCAUUUCGCUGACGGUCAGGGCGGGGGAAAUCCUGUGCCUGCUCGGCCCUUCGGGAUCGGGGAAGACAUCGCUCCUGCGCGUUGCGGCUGGCCUUGAGCGGCAGACCGCCGGCCGCGUCCUGAUGAACGGGCGCGAAGUCGCCGGGCCUUCCGUUUUCGAGCCUCCCGAAAAGCGCUCCGUCGGCUUGAUGUUCCAGGACUUCGCGCUGUUUCCGCACAUGACGGUGGCGCAGAAUGUCCGCUUCGGGCUGACCGACAUGGCGGCGCGCAUCGCCGCCGGCGAGGCGCAGUUGGCGAUAGACCGUGUCGGGCUCGGCCAUCACGUCAAUUCCUAUCCGGACGUCCUGUCGGGCGGCGAGCAGCAGCGUGUCGCGCUGGCCCGGGCGCUCGCGCCGCGGCCGUCGGUGAUGCUGAUGGACGAACCGUUUUCCGGCCUCGACACGCGGCUCAAGGACUCGGUGCGCGCCGAAACGCUGGCGAUCCUGCGCGAGAUGCGGGCCACGACCAUCGUCGUCACCCACGAUGCCGAGGAGGCGAUGCGGCUUGGCGACCGGAUCGCUCUUCUCGACCGCGGGCGGAUCGUGCAGGCGGGCACGGCGGACGAAAUCUACCACGAUCCGGCCAAUCUGUUCGUUGCCGGGUUCUUCAGCGAACUCAAUACGUUCGACGCGCGAGUCGAGGGCAAUGGCGUGGAAACGCCGCUGGGCCGGUUCGACGCAGGCCGCCACGCUCCUGGAAGCGAAUUGACGGUCGCGAUCCGCACCGCCGGCCUUGACGUUGCCGCCCAUGGCGGCGGCAUGCCGCCGCCGGGAACGGUCCCGGGACGGAUCACGGCACGGCGCUUUCUGGGCGUUUCCGAACAGUUGCUCAUCGCCAUCCAGGGUGCGGACAAGCCGGUGAGCGCCCGCAUCCGCGCCGACGAGUUGGCGCGCGAUGCGCGCGAUGUCACCAUUUCGGUACGCAACGGCGACAUAUUGCUGUUUGAAAGCGGGCGCGAAAGCGCUUAA